UUUUCAGUUGCCCACAAGAUGUAGGGCCAGUCGAUCCAGAUGGCAAGGUCCUCCCGCAGCAAGGCACUAAUAGGUGCAUCAGCUGCUUCAAUCAAGUGGGUAUGCAUCUUUCAUGCCGGAGGACAUGUGCAUACGGUCCAUCAAAAUAUUCUGAAGACGGAUAAAUGCACUUUCCUCUCACCCGCUACCGCAGGACCCUGGUGGAAAGAACAUCCACCAAGAGCAAAUCGACGGGCUUCCGCGCUCUGGCUUCAAUGUUAAUCAAGACAAGCCCGGCCACUGUGCGCUACAAGGCACCACCCCCAUAUCCCCCACCGCAUUUCAGAACAAGGCCAAUGGUGUCUUCGAGCCCAUAUUACCCAACACAAUAGAUCGCCUGCCCACCCAGCUACUUGUCCGGAGACGCGCUAUCUUGCUGCUGGGCAUUGAUGGAGGGUCGUACGGCAUGUACGUCGCUUGAAUAAAUAGAUUAAGUCAUG